GCAAAUAUCUGUCUUUGUCAAAUCCCCGAGCCUACUACGAUGAUCACAAUCGACAACCUGAAUCUGGAUUGCUUGGAGCUCAUAUUUGCCUACCUUAGUGGCAACGACUUGGUGUCAGCCUCUCUUGUCAACCGAUCGUUCUUAGCCGGUGUCAUUCCCAGGUUAUAUCGCUCGCUAGUUUUCAGGCUUAACCAGGCAAAGCGGUAUCCUGCGAUUCUGUCGCCGUUCGCUUCUGUCCUUGCUCAUCCGAACUUGGCCGGUCAUGUCCGCCGCAUUGAUAUACGAACUAUACCAAACACGCGGUCCUCUGUGCAGCCUCAUUUCCUCCUAGACUGUGCUCGCACGAUCGCAAUAUGUCAGAAUCUCGUGUCCUUCAUCUGCACGCCGCCUAUCCUAUCUUCUUUCCUUCCUAGUCUGCAACAGAAAUGGACCUUACAAUACCUUCGAGUGAACGCUAACUUGACGCAGGAGCAGGCCGAGCUGCUUGCUACAAUCAGAGGGCUGAAGAGUAUCACACUCGAUGGCUCGCCUGGGACAGCGCAUAUAGUGAACGUCCUGCCAAGAUGGGUGUCUCUGGUCAAGGGUACGCUCAGAAGCUUGACAUUAUGUGCCAUGCACGACCUAAAUGCAUGCGUGCUGGAGUCUAUACUGAGGGACCUACCAGAAUUGAUCGGUCUGCACGUUAUAUCAUGCUCAAUCAUCGACCACAUAACGUUGCUCCAUCUGACGGAGUUUACUCCCAAGCUAGAGAGUCUAUCCUUCACGACCUACGAAUCUCCUCCCCCACUCGGCCUCCUUCCACCUCUGCGGCGCCUCAAGCAUCUCGCGGUAGACUGUCGUUGUAUGGUCAACCCAAGCGCGACUCCCGCUCUAUGGACCUCUCUAAUUGCCCAAACCCGUCUCUGGUCGGCGCCGUUGACUUCUUUCACUCUGAAACUUUCGGAUAGGCUACUGGUCAGUGAGACGUUCAUCAAGGACAUGCUCGAUGCACAUGCGUCGACGCUCGCCCAUUUCGCCCUCAUCAAUGCAGUAAUCAGCAAUGAGGGCCUGAGCGCAAUUUGCUCGAGGUGUGCUGACUUGGAGCGCCUCGUUAUCACCAUCCCUAAGGGCAUCUGUCCCUUCGCCAUGGCAUUGAGUGCUUCCAAUAGUCUGCGUGUGUUGGUCGAUCCUGGAGAGUCGCAUUCAUCGCAUGGCCGCCAUUCGUACGUAUCGAAGCAUAACAUAUUGACAAUCAUGCAGUAUGCGCCCAGAUUGGAGAAAGUUAUCGCCGACCGACGCGUGUGGUCUAGGCCGAUGCGCUUUUCUGAGCAGCAUCGUGUGUGUCCUGAGCGACAGAAACCUUCUUCUGUGCAUUGGUUCAUGCCACCGUCUCAGGGUAUGGAUGCAUAAGGGUUCAUGCAGAUGCAGGGGCGUGUAAGGUGUCGAGCUUUGGUGGGGCUGAAUUUGAGCUGUCCAAUGCCGUAGCCUCCGCAGCAUACCAGGAAGGAUGAGCUGGUCACCGUGGUUUAUUGACUUGCACGACCGUGUAUUAUGACUUACCAGCACUAGUUAAUACUGCACAUCCUGAAUCGUGCGGCGAAUGCGCAAUCGCG